GUGGUUUAAUAAAGCUCUCUUCUUCCCCGCCUCUACCCUCGCCCUUCGCUCACCCACUCCCCUUCUCACCCAUUUUUUGGUUUUCUUUUCCUGCAUUUUUGUCUUUUUAACCAAUCAUUUGCCUCUUUUAUUUACUGUGUUAAGGAAGAAAGGACGCUAUCGAUAAGUUUGAUUAGUUCUCAGUGUUGUCCAGUAAACUGAUUUCACCAAUUCAUUACCCAGCCCGCACCUGUUCGAUGAUAUUACUCAAUGAAUUUUUCAUUUGUGCUUAUAGACUUUGAUGGUGAUGGCAAUAAAAAAGAUUUGUUCUUUAAUUCCUUUGCGCCGCUAUUUCCUCCAGUUUUCUUUACUUCAUUCUGUCUCUUCUUCGAGGCAGCUCCAGGUAUCGUUAAGAGAAGCAAUUGAAGCCGAAGCUUACGAACAAAUACCUGACAUUCUCAGUACAGCGAAAGAUUCUUUCAGAAAUCCCAAUCCGUUUUCGUUCCUAUCGAAAUUUCCUGAAAACCGUAGAGCCCGUAUCAUUGAUGAAAUUUUACAGUCUUUCAUUUGCACAAGGCCCCGUUCGCGGCCUCGGAUUGCAUAUUCCUGUCUACUUUCAUAUACUCUGGAGAGCCCAAAUCCGCUUCCACUUGCUCUUGCAAUUCUCCAACGUACACUUCGUUCUGGCUGUCUUCCUGUUCCGCAAACUUAUCUGUUUCUUUCGAAUGCAUGGCUUGAAAGGCGAAAACGAGCUGAAUCUGUUUCGAGUAUACUGCUUGAGAUGCAGUCAAUUGGAUAUUCUCCGGAUUAUGGGACUUGUAAUUAUCUUAUUUUGUCCCUGUGUAAGGUUGAUCAGUUGACAGAGGCAGUUAAAGUCUUGAAGGGCAUGGGCCGGGCGGGUUGCUUGCCCGAUUUGGAUAGUUAUGGCACUAUAAUUGGUGAAUUCAGCGAGCAUAGAAUGAUAAAUGAGGUUGUAGAAAUACUUAAGGAGAUGGUAACACUCGGGUUGCUUCCACGGCAGCAAAUUGUGGUGAAAGCAUUGGCUGCAAUGCGUGCCAACAGAGAUAUAUGGAGAGCAGUUGAGAUGAUCGAGUUUUUAGAAAGCAAAGAUGUGUGUAUGGGGUUUGAGGACUAUGAGUUGGUGCUCGAGGGUUGUUUAGAAUGUGGGCAGUUUGUUUUGGCCGGAAAAUUUGCUAUUCGAAUGACUGAGAAAGGGUUGAUACCAUACAUUAGAUUGAGGCAAAAGCUUGUAGAGGGAUUGGUUAGUGUUGGGGAAUCAGAGCUCGCCUCUGUUGUGAGACAGAGAUUUGUACAAUUGAAAUCUUAGUUUCGUAAUUGGUUUAGGCACGACCUGAAUUUGAAGAGCAAUUCCCUCCACAACUGCUGUAAUGAUCAGGCCAUGUAUCAUUUGAAGUUGAACCAGAACCAACUAUGAGGUGUUGUACUCCUUAUUUCCUGUUCUUGUUCUAUACAGUUUUUAGUACACAUGUUAAGUGUCAUGAUGUUGAAUUACUGGAACGUUGUAUUGCCAUUUUUAAAAUAAAACUAAAGCUUUACUGGAGGCA